AUCGUGGCUUAAAAAAGAAAAAGAAAAGAAAAGAAAAAAACAGCAAGAUUGACGAAAGAAAGAAAAAAAGAGAAAAGAAAACCGGAAAAAAAAAAAAAAAAAAAAAAAAAAAAAAAACCGAAAGCAGAGUCAGCAGCAGAUGAGAGGACGGGAAUACGAAGGUUAAAG